AAAGUAGAAGUCUAGAAGGGGGAAAGAGGUGUAGAGCAAGUGUUUAGGUUUCUGUGCACAGUAGAGAGUUUAUCCAAUCAAAUAAACCCAAACCAAGCCGUCUCUUCAUUUCCGAUAGAAGCCAUGGAUAGGCUUCUAUCUUCUUGUUCUUCUUCCCUUAACACCAAUCUCAAGCCCUUUUCUCUUCUCCCUCGAUUUGACUCCGUCAGAUUCAACCCUUUCUCAUCAACGCGCUGUUCCUUCACCUCAAUUUCAUCCAAGCAUGAAACCCCACCUCCAUUAUCGUCUUCUCCUCCAAAAACCCUACCACCCCUUUCCCCCUCUCCACUCAUUCAUUUUCAUGCCUCCGUGCCCCCAUCCCAACCCCUCACUCCGAAUAAUUUCCAAAAUCCAAAGGCAAUAACAGCUCGAACGUUUGCAAUACUCUCUUCUCUUGUUUUGCUCUUAAUCCAACCAGCUUUUGCUCCGGCAGCUUUUGCCACGUUUCAAAAUGCUGCCAAGACUGGUGGCCCUGCUGCUGCCGCAGUUGGUGGAAAACUAAUCCGCACUGAGCUUCUAACUAGUGCUUGGACUGGUUUCUUUGCUGGCUGCUUGCACACACUGUCAGGGCCUGACCACCUUGCAGCUUUGGCUCCAUUGUCAAUUGGCCGAACCCGAAUGGAGAGUGCUGCUGUUGGAGCCCUUUGGGGUUGUGGCCAUGAUGCCGGUCAAGUUAUCUUUGGCUUAAUAUUUUUGCUCUUAAAAGAUCGACUUCACAUUGAAAUUAUCCGAACUUGGGGCACCCGAGUGGUUGGCCUUACCCUGCUAGUAAUUGGUGCUAUGGGAAUUAAGGAAGCUUCAGAAGUGCCUACCCCGUGUGUUGCCUUAGAAAAUGGUGAAUGUGAUGUCAGUGUCUAUGAAUCACGCGAUAGUAAUCCUGUUGUAGGAAAGAAGAAGAUUGGUUUUGCUACUUUUGCCACUGGAAUAGUUCACGGACUGCAACCAGAUGCAUUGAUGAUGGUGUUGCCUGCCCUUGCUCUACCCUCACGCUUGGCUGGUGCUGCAUUUCUCAUCAUGUUCUUACUUGGAACUGUUGUUGCAAUGGGGAGCUAUACGGUAUUUAUCGGUUCAUGUAGCGAGGCACUAAAAGAUAGAGUACCUAGAAUAACUGAGAAACUCACUUGGGCUUCUUCUCUUAUUGCAAUAGCCCUCGGAUUUGCCAUCAUCAUUAGCCAGUUUUUUGGGUUUAGCCUGUAUUAGUAAACUUUAUUCAGCCAGGGACCUUUUUUAUGAACAUCGUUUUGGUGUCUAGAAAAAAGUAGGGACGUUAGAGAGAAAUUUGAUUGUUUGGAGCAAGGUCAUUAUUUAUGCAAGAUUUUGAUUGUCUAUUAUUUGACUACGUUUGUGAAUGUAUAUAUCGGGUAGGUUCAAUUACUCUACUGCCAAGAACUAUGUUGCUGUUUCAUUUGAAGAUUUCGAUUGAUUUUACCAAUAUUCUGUUUAUGCA